AUGAUGGUGAUGAUGAUAGAGAGAGAUUAUGGAAAAGUUGAAGAAGGUCCAUGGGAGCUAUCUUAUACAAAGCAUCGAGACGAUAUCGAUGCCCUCGUCCACCACAUAAGCCAUCGCGUGCUCCUAUCCCGGAGGCAUGGGAGCCGCACCCAAGCCCGACGCGUGCAGCAUCUGUUCGAAUCCGGAAAGCUGCGGCGAGUUGGUGUAGGCAGUGAGCUGCCGGACUACGAGCUCUCCGCCAUCAGCCUGGCUGUCGUCAGCACUACAACGGCAACGCUGGGCUCCGGAAUUCUAACGGCGCUAACUGGCCAACAAGCGCGGAGCGCGGCUGGUGGGCUAAGCGACGCAGAGACGCUGAUUGGCACAUUAGACACGCUAGGAAUGGCGUUGUGGGAGCGUCAUGUGGAUUUUGAACCACAACUUGCGGCAGACAGCUCCUCGAUCACAGAGCACGCAUCCAUGCCCGACUGGGAAUACCUAGAAGGAUUGGUCAAGUGGACGUUGGCAGGAAUCAACUCCUUCGGCUGCCAGCGCAUGCAUGCACGCACCCACCGGAGCCAAGAUGCCGGCAGCGCUCAGCUCAGCCUGACGCUGACCGGGGAUUGCUCAGUCAAGCAUGUCACUACAUUGGAGCACAUGCCGUCGGCGUCGACGUAGCCACAUAUCACUUGAAGACUUGGCUGCCGCGCAAGCCAAGGGAGGCCAGGCCGUUGGCCAUGGCACACAUUGCCAACCGCGCUGGUACAUUCUGCUCAGCCCUAACACAAUGGAGCUGGAGUCCGUCCCUCCCUGCAAGUCUCGGUCGGGCCAAGAAGAG